AUGGUCCUUCCAGUUUUAAUAAACCAAAACCAAGGAGCUUUUGUGAAAGAUAGACUUUUAGCUCAUAAUAUCCUUAUUUUUCAGGAUAUUCUUAAAGGUUAUAGGAGGAAACAUAUCUCUCCUAGAUGUGUGAUGAAAGUCGAUCUAAGCAAAUCUUAUGAUUCAAUUGAUUGGAAUUGUUUGGAGGACAUUCUAACUGCCUUUUGUUUUCCAGGCCCUUUUAUUAAGUGGAUUAUGACUUGCUUAAAAGACUCUUCUUAUUCUAUUUUGCUAAAUGGAAGAAUUCAGGGGUGUUUUACAGGAAGGAAGGGGUUAAGACAAGGGGACCCAAUCUCCCUUUUGUUGUUUGUGCUUAUUAUGGAAUAUUUUACUAGAAGUCUCAUCCAAGCUACUCAGGAUAAAGUUUUUAAGUUUCAUCCUAGAUGCAAAAAGCUGAGAUUGGUCAGUUUAUGCUUUGCGGAUGAUCUAGUUCUGUUUCGCAAGGGGAACAACACUUCAGUUCAAGUUAUUCAAGCUUUCUUUAAAUCUUUUAGUGUUGUUUCUGGUUUAACAGCAAAUUUGGAGAACGAGAUUUUGAAGGAGAUUCAGAUUGCUGAAGGUGAUUUUCCUCUCAAAUAUCUUGGGGUGCCUCUAAGACCUACAAAGUGGCAAGCUGGGGACUGUGAUGGUAUAUUAAAGAAGAUAAGGCUGAAGCUUUUUCACUGGUCUAACAGACAUUUAUCCUUUGCUGGAAAAACUCAGUUGAUUCACUCAGUGCUUUUGGGGAUAAGAGCCUUUUGGAUGAGUAUCUUCAUGCUCCCUAAGAAAGUCAUUGUUGAGAUUGACCAUCUUUGCAGGAAAUUUUUGUGGGGUUCUAGUGGGAGGAAUGAUAACAGGAGCAAGUUACAUCUCACAAAUUGGGACCAAGUCUGUCUUCCUAAACAGAUGGGGGGUGUUGGUUUUAAGAAUAGUGUUAAAUGGAAUAUGGUUUUGCUUGCCAAAUACAUAUGGGCUGUUUCUACUAAGCAGGAUGUCCUUUGGGUCAAAUGGAUAGAUGCCAUUUACCUUAAAGGACAGUCAAUUUGGGAUUAUAAGCUUCAAGUGGAUGUAAGUUGGUAUUGGCGUAAACUCAUUAAAGUGUCUACUGUUAUCAAUGCAGGAAUUUUGGCUGAGGCUUCUGUGAAGAACAAGUUACAUACCAGCAAAUUAUAUGAUUUGUUGGGAUGGCUUAAGUGGAUGAAGGGGAAGCCGAAAGGUCUCCAGCAAAAGCUUCUUGCUGCUGGUCUAGCUGCUGUGGUGUACUUGGUCUGGAGGAAUAAGGAUCAUUGCUUAUAUAAUCAGUGUUCUUUCUCUGUGAACUCAGUAUUUACUGUGUUGCAAAAUAGUUUAUAUGCUAGAGUUAAAAACUUUCCUAGAUCUAAGCUUUCUAGUAAGGAUGUAAGGUUUCUUGAGAGUGUUAAUCUUUUGUAA